GAACGCCGACCUGUGCCAGUGCUCCGAGUGAGGGGACGUUGCCGAACUCUGUCAGUGACUCGAGAGUGACUCUUUGAAAGUUGUAAGGAUUUCGCCCCUGAUGCCGCGCGGUGUGUGAGUGCCGUCGGUGAGCAGGAAGGAAGGAAGGAAGGAUGGCCAGCGACUCCGACCUCCAGCUGGGGGGCAGCGGGGGCUUGGAAGGGGUGGCGCACCCCAGCCUUUACCGUGAGGCUCCGAGGCUGUUCGAACCGCACCCGCGCCUUUACGACCCGCGGCCGCAGGUCGACCGCGCUUCCUUCGAACAGACUGAGGCAGGCAAGUUCCUUGCCGACAGAAUUUUCCUGGAGAAGACAGUGUCGGAGCGGGCGUUCCCUGAGCGGGCGCCCAUAGAACGACACACGUCAGAACGGCCGUAUCCCGAGCGGCCCUACCUGGAACGGAGUUUCCUGGAGCGGCUGGGGCUGGAGCGCCCCAUGCCCGAACGACCAAUGGGCCUCGAGCGGCACUCCGAAGGGCGCGAGCUGCCCGGCGGAGGCCUGGAUCGGUCCGUCCUCGAGCGAUCGCUCAUGGAACGCUCGGCCCUGGAGCGUCACGUGCACGAGCGCGCGCAGGCGGCGAGGGCCUUCUUCGACAGACACGUCCAGCAGCAGCAGCAGCACUUCAACCGGGCGUCGCAAUUCUCCCCCUUCCUCUCGCCCUCGUCCCUGGCCUCCUCCCCGCCCCCCCACGCCGCGGCCGCCGUCCUGCCGCAGGAGGGCGCCUCGGGGGUCUUGGAGGACGAGGCCCGGGUGCAGGAGAUGGUGGUGGAGGAGGCCAGCGAAGACGCUGAGACUCGCCAACAUGAGGACGACAGCGUGGAGCCUUCGUGCGACAUCGACGCGGCGGAGAGGGCUGGGAUGGGCGGCGAGCUGGUGACGGAGGAUACGCCCCUGGACUCAAAGGAACACAUUAGCCUGGAAUCGUCGGAGGAGGCGAACCACAUGGCCAACGACAGAUCGCCUCCGCCGCCGCCCUCGUCGCCAGAAGAGGCCAAAAUGGGCGGCGAGGGCGGUGAGGAGGACAAGCAGGGCGGCCUCGUCAAGCCCCCGUACUCGUACAUCGCGCUCAUCACCAUGGCGAUCCUGCAGGCGCCGAAGAAGCGGGUGACGCUGAGCGAGAUCUGCGAAUUCAUCAUCAAUCGGUUCCCGUACUACAAGGCCAAGUUCCCCGCGUGGCAGAACUCGAUCCGCCACAACCUGUCCCUCAACGACUGCUUCGUCAAGGUGCCCCGCGAGCCCGGCAACCCCGGCAAGGGCAACUACUGGACGCUCGACCCCGGCGCCAUCGACAUGUUCGACAACGGCUCCUUCCUGCGGCGCCGCAAGCGCUACAAGCGGCAGCCGGCGCCGGACUUCUUCAGCGACCCGCAUGUGUUCUCGCUUUUCACCUCGGGCGUGCUCGACCCCUUCCAGCAGCAGCAGCUCCAGCAGGCGGCGGCGCUGCUGGGGCCGCACCACCCCAUCCUGCAGCGGCCGCCGCUCUCACACACGCUGCUGCCGCCCCCUCCGUACCUGCCCCACCUAGGGGGCCUCCCCCUGGGCCUGCCGCACCUGGAGCUGGCCCGCCAGGUGCGCCCCAUCAUCCCGCUGCAGGGGGGCAAUACCCUUCUGCACCCGACGCCCGUCAAGCCCCUGGCGCUGCCCGCCGGCCUCGCACCCCACGGCGUACAGGCGGCCCUCAAGGCGCCGUGUGGGCCCCCGCCCCCUCAGCCCCCCUCGUCACCCCCGUCGCCGUCCACGCUGACGCAGCCGGCGGCGCCCCGCACACACAAGCCCUUCUCCAUCGACUCGCUGAUCGGCCACAAAAAUCAAAGACGGUUUUCGAAUAUUAAGGACAGAUGUGUGUGUGUGUGUGUGUGUGUGUGUGUGUGUGUGUGUGUGUGUGUGUGUGUGUGUGUGUGUGUGUGUGUGUGUGGAAACCGCUGUAUUUUGGCAGCUGUCGUACCUCUGUAAAAUGGACACAUGUAUUUUUUAUUUUGUUAUCAUUAUCAUAUAUCGUUCUUCUGUGAGAAUUAUGUAAAUUACCUAGGUAAAGGUUGUUGGUGGAACUCGUGUACAUUUCUUUGGAUUUAAAAAAAAAGAGCAAAGGAUAAUGUUUUAUCUGAUUUGUAAAACAUAAAAAGAAAGAAAGAAAGAAAAACACAUGCAGAUGAUUUUGAACAUUUGCAUAAACAGCUGUCUCUGCUGGAUCUCUCUAACACAACCAAAUAUUAAUGAACCUUUGUAAAACUCCUGAACAGAUGUUUUUUUCUGUAUAAUGUAAAAUAAAUUGAUGAAAUAUUAAAAAUAAAUGUACAUUUGAAACAGAAAAAAAAGCUAUAUCCAUAAGCAAAAGAAGGUGUACACAGUAGUUGGAAUGCUGUUAUGAACAUUCCAAAAAAAAAAAAAAAAACAUAUAAACUGAAACAAAACCUUAGGAAAAAAUAAAAUAUAUAAAAAAAUAAAUAAAUUAACAAAAGUCUCAAUGCCAAAGAUAUGAACAAAUUGUAUGUUUCUCAGCAUUGUUUGUAGCGCCCUUCGUCCCCCUCCUCCCCCUCCCCUCCCCUCCCCUCCCCUCCCCUCCCCUCCCGCCUUCAAUUCCUCCCUCUCCACGU